CUUGCCCACAACAUCUCUCGCAGGUGGCCUAAAGCUUUCUGUGUUGCUAAAUCUAGGUAGUUCGCAACCACAAGAUGUUAGUAUGUGGUGAUUUGACCAAGUGCCACAUACUUCCAUGAUUUGAUUGGGUUGGGAAUGUUUCGAUCCAUUCCUAGAGCUGUUCGCAGCACGAGAAAUUCCUUCCCUACCCAACGAUGGGUAUCUCAAGGCAAGACAAAUGCUCCUCGGCCUACUCCUCCGUCGUCCGAUGAACAAGCCGCCCUGAGAGGCCGUUUCGACCGGUUCAUAGAUCGCACACCACGAUUCCUCCGACCCAGCCUCAACGGACUACGGCAUGCCCCAGUCUCUCACGUCGCAGCCUUCAUCAUCUUGCAUGAGGUUACGGCAAUUAUUCCUCUCUUCGGGCUCGCGGGAGCUUUCCACUACUGGCAAUGGCUACCGCCAUAUUUUGCAGAAGGAGCGUGGGUCGUUGACGGCGUGGAGAGAUUUGGAAGGUAUUUUCGAAAGAAAGGCUGGAUCAGUGAAAAGGAAGAAAAGCAGGUGGAGGAACAGACCAAAGAAGGUCAGGCUACACAGUUCGAGAAGAACAAGAGCAUAUCGAAAUGGUUCGGACGAGGAGAAAGUGCUACGAGAUGGGUUGUCGAGUUUGCCACUGCCUAUGCUAUGGUAAAAGUUCUGUUGCCCGUUCGCAUAUUUGUGAGCGUAUGGGGCGCUCCAUGGUUUGCCAGGCUUGCGGUUAUUCCUCUUGGAAUUGCUGCAAGAUCCUUUUUCCGUAGGACGAAGCCAUAAAGAAAUCCUCCUGCAUCCCUGGAACGUUAUGUUGAAGCUUAUGUCACAGUAGGCCAAAGAGAAGAGCAAAGACAAAUGGUUCAG